UAUGGCUACAGUUUACUCCUAUGUAAACAGGAGCUAAGUUUUCUGUGCGAUGGGCUUUAUUAAUGUUUCGAGAGCUGUUGGCGUACAAUGUGAACUGUGACGAAACUCAGCGUGGAGUUCCAGCCGUGCAGCAAAGUUGUUACGUCCGAGUCCAUUCCAAGGAUGGUGGUCGAAGUUCGACUUCGAAGAUCAAACUCCCUGAACGGGUUCGGAUUCCGGAUUCGACAUCGGGGUGAUGGACUACCAACGGUUUCCGAUGUUGUCACAGAUGGUCCCACCGCUGGUCUGUUGGAAGCGGGAGAUGAGAUCGUUUCCGUGGACAGUUUGAUUGCAGGAGACGUGCACAUACGCCAGCUACUGAAGCACCUUAGGCUUGCGCGGGAUGAAGUUACGCUUGUGGUUAAGAAAAACCCCAGCAACAGUAAAAACAAUAAUAACAUUGUUAGUGUUAACGACAAUAGAGGUAGAGCUAAUGCUUCUCACAAUGAGCCCUCGCUAGACAAUAGUUAUCGUGCUUCUGGUGACUGUCCUCAAAAGAGUGUAUCAAGCCCCCGUGUUGACAACAGGCCUCAACGAUUUACUCACGGAAAAGAUUCUUUCCAAAACACACAAUUAUAUUCGGAGUUAGGAAGCGCUCAGUCAGAUCGAUUCCACGGUAGAGAAGCUAGUAGAAUCUCACCUGGAAGAGAAGCCAGCUGGAAGACUGUUUCGGACUACGACAGAAAUAUCCAGGUCUCUCCGCAGGAUCAUCGCUUCUUCACGGGUGGGCGGUUUAACCCAAUGCUUCAGUCGGCUUCAUCGGCGACGUCCAACGGAUACGCAGGGGGGCCCCUUGGGGGCCCCCAGCUGGGGCCAAGCUCCACCAUUGGGGCUAUGAGUCACCAUCGAAGGAGUCAUCCUCCUCCAGAUUCAAACCAAAACAAUCACUUAUCCGCAAGUAUGGGUACUACUACUACGAUAUCUGAAGGACAGCCCGUUCUUAAUCAUAAAGACGCCGCCACCGAAAAUUCAGCGGUCACCACAAGGAUGGCGUUCGGGAGCUCAUCAAUGUCAUCGAGUGCUUCGAUGAUGAAAAGCCACAGCACUGAGAGGAAAAAAGUGGCUGAAGCGUUCAUUAUGACCGGAGACGCAAUAAUCAUAACGAAGAGUUUAGAGAGCACGACUGGCAUCGGCUGUGACGAUACGAAGGAGAUGAAGAGCUCACCGGAAGAUGAAGAGCAUUCAGCAGCAUCCAGGGUGACUUUCUCCAAACAUACCAACGCUACCACGGGCGAGUGCACUUCGGAGCUGGCGUCUGCAUUCGGGAGCGAGGAGCUGGGAGCGGGCUACUCCGACUUCGAUAUGUCGACGGCCAACACGAUAUCUCCGAGCGAGGACUUCUCCCGGGAAGAGGACUGGCUUGAGCCAGACCUGAGCGAAGCCCAUCUGAGACAUUCCGCCUUCGACGGUCAAGCCGGCCCCAACGUUGUUGGUCCAAGGAUGCGCCGGUCUACCUCCGGACACUCGAACUGCAGCGCUGGCACAGGAACUCGGAACGGCGGUCACAGUAGCGCAGGCCUUCAGCAGCAGCAAACGACAACAACAACAACAACAACGACAGUAACUACCAGUUCAAGCUGGCAACGUCAUUCGAUGGACGAGUCUUCGUUGAGCUUUUACAAAGAGGAAACGUUUUCGGAAGAGCGAAAAGUGAUUAAUACCAGUUUGUGCGGCCCGGAAGGUGGUUCAUUUGAUGCAGGUCUGACCCCAGUAAUCACUCCGGGGGCUAGUGUAAUGUCCGAAAAGGAAGAGCGACCACGUGAACCACCUACACCUCCACCACCUCCUUUACCAACGGUGUCACCGCCAGCUUCCCCAGAAGAAGCUCUAAAGUCUCCGCCAGCCAUGCUUGGAUUAUUGGCCGAUUCAUCGGGCUCACCUUUAGCACCUCUGGGCUUGCCACCUCCAGGCUUGACGCGGACCUCGGUCGAUGUCCCCUCUGCACUGCGUUUAGCUAAGCGUCUUUUCAACCUCGAAGGUUUCAAAAAAGUUGACGUUUCGCAUCAUCUCUCUAAAAACAAUGAUUUCUCGCGAUGCGUUGCAGAAGAAUAUCUUAGACAUUUCGACUUCUCGGGCCUAUCGUUAGAUGUGGCUCUGCGUCGUUUUCUGGACAAAUUUUGUCUUCAGGGCGAAACUCAGGAAAGGGAGCGUGUGCUUGCACAUUUCAGCAAGCGGUUCCUCGACUGCAAUCCUCAGUGCUCAGAUCAACUUGGAUCACAAGACGCCGUACAUACUUUGACCUGCGCUCUUAUGCUUUUGAACACUGAUCUCCAUGGAAACGGACUGUCGAGAAGAAGAAUGACAGCGCAGGACUUUGCUCAAAAUUUGUCGGGACUAAAUGAUGGAAAAGACUUCCCUAAGGAAAUGCUAAGAAUGCUCUUCCAGGCUAUCAAAGACCAACCUAUCAAGUGGGCUACAGAGGGUGAAGCGACACCUACACAUCGUGGUGCUGAAUCGUCUACAGGACUCACAGGCGCAACCACUACAGCAGGGAAUACCGUGGCGGAAGGAACCCGCCAACAGCAGCAACAGCAACAGAGGGAUUUCCGUCGAGGUUAUCUUGUCAGAAAGUGUUGUGUAGAUCCAGGCGGAAAAAGGACUCCUCGUGGCAAACGAGGUUGGAGGCCCCUUUACGCCAAACUGUCCGAUUUGCUGCUUUUACUUCAUAAAGAUGAAAAAAGUUGUGAUGAAAUGAAAAGCUUAACAGACUCGAUGCAACACACAACGCCGAUACAUCACUGUUUGGCAACGAUAGCGUGUGACUACACAAAACGUCCUUGGGUAUUCCGUCUCCAGACGGCUGAUCUCGCCGAGUUCCUGUUCCAAGCGACGUCAGAUGAGGAUUGCCUCGCCUGGGUUGACACAAUCAACUGUGUAGCAGCGGCGCUAUCUGCUCCCGCCCUUCCGGCCCCCACGUCGAACACAGCCAAGUUCCAGAGGCCGACGCUGCCCAUCUCGCACACUAGGCUAAAGCCCCAAGAGCAACUCGAGUCACAUUAUGCCAGAGUGCUCUGCCUGGAGAGGGAGGUGCAUGAGUGUCAGGCUUCAGGAAAUUCGCCGGCGCACCACAAUACUAACACGAUCGCCAAUAGCUAUAAUAACGUUGUUGGUAGUGCCAAUAGUAGCAGUAGCGGUUGCCACAGCAGUUCAUCGUCUUCGUCAGGUUCGACCAGUAACAGACGAAGAGAGAAAGACAAAGAAAAAGAACGGGCGGAACGCAAUGCCGCUAAAGAAGGCUUCCUGCAGUACGAGCUAAAACGAUACAACACCUACGCUGCCGUUCUUGCCAACGCUAUUCGCCAAGGGAGUCCCAUUGUAGGCGGAAAAGCGACUGCAGGUGGCGGAAAUGGUAGCAUCGUUUCAAACGCCAGUGGGGUCGGCACACAGUUCUCACAUUUGUUGUUACUGAACACACAAGGAACAGGCAGCUCAACGCGCGGUCAACAGUCAUCGUCAGGAAACGGCAAGGGCGGUAAUCAUGGUUCGUUCAGAGACCGAGGAAUAGAUUGAGAAACAAACGAUGAUGAAUUUCGAUUUCAAAAUAAGUCUAUUUCGGGCCUACUUUGUGUGACUAUAAUAGAAAUGCGAAAACCUAAAAUGAUGAGAUGUUCGAAAUGUUCUGACCUCCAACUGUAGAAUACAAAUAAAGCAUCUUGAAAAAGAUGGCGCGGAGAUACGAAAAAUCCGGUUGAGCAUAACAUAUGAAAAGACGUGUAGAUCGUUUAUAAUUUUCGUUCGAGCUGUAAAGAUCGAAGGCUAUGUCUUUGGAACGAAUGUAGCGCGCCUGACCUUUUAAUACAUAGAUAGAUAUAUAAAUAGAUGCUUAAGCAUCAAAGCCAGCUGUUUCGGGUGGUUUGCAACCAAUUGCCUUAGAGGAGUGAGCAUAUUUGGACAUACAACAAUAGACUAUUGACAGUGCUUACAUAUGUGAAAUGUGAUGGCAUCGAUAAACUCGAAGUAAGGUCGAAGAAACGAACGUAUCAAUGAGAUUAUUGCGGCGUAUUACCGCAUAUGAGCACUUCUUGUUAACCUGUUACUUCCCCAAGUGAUAUUCAAAACUGAUUCUAACCAUAGAAGCACUUGAAUUUGCAUCACCUGCAUAUGGUAUAGUCGGACAUCAUCUAUGGCCACCUGGCGAUUAUCUCUCAAACAGAAACAUAUUGGCGUAGGCAAAACUUAGAAAAUCAUAAUACGUUGCGUUUUAGAAGCAAAAAACUACACAUUUCAGUCUGAUACCCUUACUGAUACUACCUAAACAUUUUCAUAGAGAUGAAACUAAACCCAAAUGCCAGGAAUAUCCCAGUAGUUCGGCGCGUGCAUGAGAUUGGUAUAUGCGACUGAGUUUACGGAUUCACUCAUCUUCUGACGUGUGCGUGUGCAGCACAUCUUUUUGAAAUCUAAGCUCAUAGCAGUCUGAUUCUUGUUUUUCGCUGUGUGGAGAGCUAGUGCAGUUGUAUAUACUUUAUCUGAAGAAAUGCUUCACGGCAUACCGGACGUAAAAAUCGUUGGACAUUGUAAUUCUCCAUAUACCUAACUAUGUGUCUUGGGCUUAGUUAGCGUCUUCCAAUAACGCGCCUCGGUCCUCAUGCAUUCAAAAGCUUACAUAUACACCCACACUCACGUCCACAGUGAGAUUCUGAGUUCUUAAAGAACCGAAUUAUAGCUCUACAUUCAUAUGCAGAGUUGCUCUGCGUUUACUAGGUGGUUUAUGAAUAUGGCGAAGCUACUUGUAUACUGUCCAGCUGCGGGCCUCGCCCUUUCUAGCCCUUGCUAAUGUAGGGUCGCAAAGGAUAUAGCGAUAAUAGUUAUAUCUUUGAUAAUAUUGCCCCAUUGAGAUUAGAAUAGUUCCCUAGCAUUCUUGCUGGCACAGAAAGCCACUACUAUAUAGGACCGACUACUUAUAACAUUAAAAGGUGUUGUAUUGUCUAGUCAGCCUUUAAUUUAACAAGCCUGCUAUUAGAAAGAUAUUAGUUUAAAAGAAAUACUAGCAUUAGAGUUCUCCAUUUUGAAGUUGUGCGACAUUUAAGGCAUCAAGGCAAAUGCCGUAUAUGCGCGAUAUUUUAUACAUUGCUUUUAAUACUUACUAGAUUGGUUCAUGUUAUAGUCUUCAAAACAAACAAUAUAUAUGGCCACUGUUUAGGGGGUAUUAAUAAAAGAAAACAUCGCAUGACUUUAAUCGAUUAGUCUGUCGUUCGACAAUCGCUGCUAGAAGGUAGAGCAGAUCUCAUUUCCCCUUCGUCCAAGUCAAACCAUCAUCAAAACGGGCUUCUUUCGUUACACUCCGUUCAUAAUAGGCGCCAUAAUAUUCAUUGUUACUGCCGCUCGCCAGGUGUAAGUGCAUCAUUUACCUUUGUUGUAAAUCCUGUCAGAAAUAAGAUGCAAAAUGCGUUACAGCAAUUACCGAGGUGAUCUCUUAUGCAGCUGUAGCAAAAUGUCAGUAAAUUGGCAUGUAUUUGUCAUCAAUAUGGUGGAAUGCUGUAGGUAGGGUGAAGUUGACUUUGUUUUGUCACAAUCUUUGUCCUAACGAAGUAAUCUGUUUGAAGCAUAAAAAAACUAUCAAUCUGGUAUAGUUAAGCGUCGAAUUUAUAAGCUCAUAACGUUAUUUGGGGAAAAAGGGGAAACGAGGGGUGGUGACGAGACAGUAUGUUAUGCUCUACUUACGGACUUUCAGCUCUGUAUCCGUGCCAUGUCGAGUGAGGCACCAACUAUGCCGGAAAUACAUAGCAUUACGCUAAAUAUCUACUGAAUUAUGUUUACUACUGGCAAAUAAACAGACGCAUACACUAUAUAUAUAUAUGGGGUAUGUGUCUGUUUAUUUGCCAGUAUAUAUAUAUAUAUAUAUAUAUAUAUAUAUAUAUAUACACGUAUGUAUGUACGAAUCAACUCUGUAGUAAACACGCCACACAUUGGGUUUUGUCUAUCUGUUCACUAGAACUAAUAAUACUGCUAGAUCUAUACGUAUGAAUGUAUUUUCUUAUAGGGAGGGAAAGAACGUGGUAGGUUUUCAUUUAAGUCCCCUUUUGUUCACAGGAUGUUGGUUAUAUUAUACGACCGCACAAAAUGGCCUUCAUGAUACAACAUACUCACAAGCAACACGUGUGAAUAUAUAAACACAUACACAUUCGCACGAAAGUAAUGUUAUAAACAAAUCCAACAGGAGCUGUUUCUUGCUAGGUGUAAUAACUCUAAUAAAGCUGUAAACGCGAUCUUUAAUUAGAGAGCGAAGGCCGCAGCUUAAAAUGAAUACUUAAAAAAUAUAUAUAUAUAUAUCGAUGUGUGUGAGUGUUAGUUAGUUAUCACGGCCGUAAUACCCGAUGUGGCCUGUACUUGUAAUAAUACCUAAAUUGAAAAUGCUGUUAGAAUAUUGUAGUGAACAUUGAGAAGAUAUCAUGAUAAGGGAAUUGGUACUAAAUAAAUGCGAACAAAAUUUGAAACCCAAGUGGCUGGAACAUGGUUGUGUAAACAAGAAGUUUAUCCAUAAAAAAUCUUAACAAUUAUUAGUAGUGCUGACUGUAACUGAGAAGUUGUACAUCAAGGCGACACUCCAAAUGCCGCUGACAAAAAGGAGAUAUCUUAAAAAAAUACCAUACGUUAAGAUCAGUGAAGAGCGCUGACGUAAGCUGACAUAUGUUGAGAUACGAAGAAACAACGAGGUUGUCAAGUUAUAAUUUUAAAGGAAGAUUUUUAACUUCAGUUAGGUGAAAGAAGAUUAAAAAUAUUCUAGGUGAAAAACCACUGGAAUAUUCGUCUCCUAUAGAAGUUCAAGCCUUUUUUUUUAUAGACUACAACAUAAAUAAGAUGUUGCUCAUAUAUGGAUAAUAAUUAAUUGAUGUGGUCCGUGGCAAGUAUCGCUUUUUAUGACUAUUUAUAGUCUAGUUCGAAUGCAUCUACUUCUUUUCACUCAAAAAUACAGAGCGAUUUUUCUGAACGACAUAGUUGUGCUAUUCAUAGCAGUUUAAGAUUCCUUUUUUGUUGCCCUUGUCAAUAGGAACUUUGGUAAUGCUAAUCUACCGCAAUUUAACGUAAAGCGGUUAGCCAUAGCAGGUCUCCUGAGACAUGUGAGUUUUGGUUGGUUAAAAAAAACAGAGGAGCCGUUAAACAGACAGUAUCAGUGUUUUAUUUUAGUCACUCAAUCGUUAAGUAAUCGUAAAGUAGCAGAUAGUAUGUGGUGUGCAAUAAUUGAUCCGAGACAUUGAAAAUUGGUGGUUUUACUGAAUUGUUUUAUAUGAAUUUUUUUUUCUACCUAAAACAAUUUUUAAGUUACGUAUCGCUAUUGUAAGAAGAAUUCGGUGCUUAACGGCUGGCUUAGCUACAGGCGAAUAUCUUUACUUCAUUAAUGAAAGAGGAUGAAUCUAACAAUUACAUCAUAGGCAGAGUAACGGAAACAUGAAUGGUAAUCAUAAAAUAAUAUUAGGGCACUAACAAUAAAUAAUCUUAAGGAACGAAUAAGAUGCUAAAUAUAAAUAUUAUACAAGCGAAAAAUGAAAAGAUCGCAGAUUGAUUAGGUAAUAUAUAUUUUUUUACAGAGGCCGGCCCUCUAGUGAGACGCGGCUCUAGUCAGGAAAAGGAAAUAUGAAGGUCCGAAGCAGUACAUCUUCGUUUGUAUAUAGGAGAUACACACAUU